GUUUUCAUAAUGUCUGGCACUCAAAACAACAAUCCCGGUAACUUUGCCAACCGCUCCAAGGAAGAAGUUCAGAACAUCGCAUCAAAGGGCGGUCAAAGUAGCCAUAGCCACAGUGGAGGAUUCGCAUCCAUGGAUCCUCAGAAGCAGCAUGAUAUCGCUUCCAAAGGAGGCCAAGCUUCUUCGGGCUCUUUCGAACCUGGUAGUGAGCGGGCCAGAGCAGCUGGACGCAAGGGUGGCCGUGCCUCAGGCAACACCAACCAGAGCAGCGAAUAAGUAGUUAGCUGAUUG